AUGAAUAUUCGGAAGUUUAUGGAUGUUAUAUUCAUCGUCACCAAUGCCAUGUUCAUCAGCAUUGUGGCUCUUAUAAUUAACGACGACAACAGUUUCAACACUACUCCUGUUCAAAACAUUACCCUACAAAUGUUUGCGGACAAAGAAAUUGUCAACGUCUUACCGAGUGUUAUUAAUCUCAGUCAAGACGGAAAUAAUAAUUUCACCAUAAAAUUUACAAUUGGUAAAGGAUUUCUACAAAAUAAUACAAAAUUUAACCAAUAUCUCGACAAAAUUCCUCAAAAUUUCACAGCCGAUGAUGGUAACCUCCACUACAACGGCAGCGGGAAUAACACUCUGCCUCCAUCAUCAUCCAUAACAACGCCCACAAAAUACAACUUCCCAAUCUUCAUCACAAACAAUAUAAUCGGAGUUUCAGGAUUUUUCACUAACCUUUUCGUCAUCGUCGUCAUUUUUAUGCACAAACCAAUGCACAAACAGUUGAUGAGUUACUACAUUUUUGCUCAGAGCUUCAUUGACGCACUGGUGGCUAUCUCUUUGACUGGUACUACCCUCAUUACAAAUGAUGGAAGUUGGAUCCUGGUCCGGGGUAGAUUUUGGGACGAGUUUGUUUGCAGGAUUUGGUGUUCCAGAAUGCCGUUGUGGAGUAGUUUGGUCUCUUCUAUUUAUGUUACUCUGGCUAUUACUGUGGAGAGGCAUAUCAUUCCUUAUAGGACCGAUAUUCACAAUCGGUUAUUUCAUACCGACAGGCGAGGAUACAUCAAUUUGAUUGUGGAAUACUUUUUUCCAUUGGUUCUCUCGGUUUACCUCUAUUCAAGAAUCGCUUUAUCUUUGCACAAAAAAAUUAAAGUUAUUCCUUCUAUAAUAAUAAAUAAUAAUAAUAACUGUCAAAAUGAUGAAAGUAGUUUGAGUAAAAAUACUACUAAUACCAAAGCUAGUACAGUUGAUAACGCUGAUGCUACUACUUCAAGGACAACUACUACAAGUACGACAACAACUACUACUACUACCACAACUACUACUACUAGUGAUAAUGAUAAUAAUAGCAGUAAUAAACAUAUCAUCGACAAUUGCAAUAACAGCAAGUCAUCGUCGUCGAGUGCCUACAGAGCUAGAGAUAACGUAUUGAAAACAUCCUUGUCUAUAACGAUGAGCUUCAUAGCAUGCUGGACAUUCAAUCAAUUAUACUUCUUAUUUUACAAUCUGAAGAUCAUUUUCUUCGACUUUGAUAAUUUUUUUUAUCAUCUCUCGGUCCUGAUGGCGUUCUCGAAUUGCUGUGUUAAUCCCGUCAUAUAUCUGGUCAAAUACGAACAGUUUCAGAAGGCUUUGAGGGCCUUGUUUUGUAAGAAAAACUGA